AUGGCACCAAAACCAGCCAUCAUAUCAAUCGUAGCAUGUCUCAUGCCUGAGAUGGGCAUUGGGUUCAACGGGAAACUCCCUUGGAGAUUAAAGCAGGAGAUGGCAUACUUUAGACAGGCAACUACAAACACUUUUGAUAAGGACGCCCAAAAUGCUGUGGUGAUGGGCAGAAAAACAUGGGAAUCCAUCCCGGCUAAAUUCAGGCCGCUUCCGGGACGCGUCAACGUGGUGGUAUCGCGCCAACACGCCGAAGAAUUGGCACCGGCAAAUAAAACGGAUUCAUCAAUAUGGCUAAGCAACUCGCUAACUCGGUGUCUUGAACUUCUUCCAAAGCAAAUGCCCAAUCUAGAACGCAUCUAUGUCAUUGGUGGUGGCGAAAUCUACGCUCAGACCAGCAACCUGUGCGAUUACAUGCUUAUAACAGAAGUUCGACCCCAAGAUGAGACCAAGCGGCCUGCUAUGGACACUUUUCUGGAUCCGGCUGCGGUACAGAAACGAUUUCAGCGUGAGGAAAGCGUCCGUGGGUUUUUUCCUGCCACAGUGAAACUGCCAGAAAUUUCAGAGAUACACGAAAAUGGCUACGUCUACGAGUUCGCUCUCUACAAGGUUCGCGAGGCAGAUUGA